CGAGCGGCGCGGCCCCUCCUUCCCGCCACCGCACCUGCCUCUAGGAGGCUCCCCGCGCGCAGGUCCAGUCGCAGCAUCUCGCCCUGCGGUCCGGAGGCCGCCUCGUGGCCUGUGUCGAGCAGUAGUGCCGACGGGGAAGGUGCGGCGGUCCUGGGAAAGCGAGCUUGGUGUCACUCGGACAGCCUCUUCCCUUGGCCUCGCGGAGCCUGCCGCGCCUGUGUGGCGUGGCCCUCCAGAGCUCACGUUCUGUUGUUGCCCUUUCCUUACUUUUCCUGAUGACCACCGAGGAGGCCUCGUUGGCCUGGCCCGGACCCUCACCCUGAAUUGUAUUUCAGCGCUCAGGGGUCAUCUCACAGAGGCCAGGGCGUGAGGACCCUAGCCUGGCACCCACACCCCAACGCCAGCACACAGUGCAGCCCGGCAAACAUUUGCUAAUAAAGCUGAGGUGGUUAUUUAGCGUUUGCAUUACGUGUUUCUAGAUAUGGAUCAAAAACUCUCAAAGUUGGUAGAAGAGCUCACAACUUCAGGGGAACCCCAACUGAAUCCUGAGAAAAUGAAGGAACUGAAGAAAAUUUGCAAGUCUUCCGAGGAGCAGCUCAGCCACACCUACCACCUGCUGAUGGCCCAGCUGAGCCAGGAGCACGCCCAAGUCCGCCUCUCCACCUUCCAGGCUGUGGACGAGCUGUUCACCAGGUCUCACCAGUUCAGGAUGCUGGUCGUUUCCAACUUCCAGGAGUUCCUGGAGCUUACGCUGGGCACAGACCACGAGCGGCCGCUGCCGCCGCCCCGGGAGGUGGCGCAGAGGCUGAGUUGGGGUCCUUUGUCGUCAGGUCUAACCUUUAUCGACACUUCUCAGGUGGAUUUCCAAGAUGUGAACGCCAGAACCCUGGCAGAGAGAAAGCGAGAAGAGGAGAAACGGCACCGCUUGGAGCGGAUCUACAGGGAACGAUCUGAGCGGGCGGCCAGGGAGAUGGAAGAAAUGUCUGGGGAAAUCCGCAGCUGCCUCACGGAGGUGGAGAGCUGCUUCCAGCUGCUCGUGCCAUUUGACCUUGACCCAAGCCCAGGGGCCGCCUUGCCCGCCAUGGCCUCCGCUGUGGUCUCAGCCGUGGCCAGGGAGGGUCCCCACGACCUCGAGGAUGAGGAGCAGCCCUGCUGCAGCAAGGCCCUGGCUGCCUGUGCCCCCCUCCCAGGAGCUGUUGGUGUGGAGGGGCCCUCGGAGGACGAGGACGAGUUCAGCGACCAGGAGGGGUUCGUGCGGUGCCAUGGGCUGGGCUCCCACAAGUACACGCUGGACGUGGAGCUCUCCUCAGACAGCCUGAAGGUGCGUGAGGAUGAGGACAACUUUGCCGUCAUCCAGGCAGCCCAGGACGCUCUGAGGCUCAUCCAGAACAAGUUCCUGCCGGCUGUGUGCUCCUGGGUCCAGCUGUUCACCCGCACGGGGACCCAUGGUGGGCACUUGGAGGGCGCCAUUGACCUAAAGGCGGAGCUGGAAACUGCCCUGAGGCGGUCCCGUGAGCUGGACAUCUCACCCGAGGCGGGCUGCAGGAGGCAGAAGGCGGCCCCCGGGGACGAGGACCAGGACGAGGAUGAGGACUUCGUGGAGGUCCCGGAGAAGGAGGGGUAUGAGCCCUGCAUCCCUGAGCACCUGCGGCCUGAGUACGGGUUGGAGAAAGAGCCAUCUGCGCCAGGCCUGCAGGCGAGGAGGACAAGGACUGAGGAGGAGGAGGCGUCUGACCCCACCUCUGCGGCCGCCCAGCUGCAUCACCUCCGGCAACACUUGCCUGUGCCCUUGCCCCCAAGCCCCAGGGCACCACUGGGGCCAGAGGAGGCUGAGGCGCAGGCUGCAGCGCGGGCCCGGGCACCCGUCGUGCCCUUCGGGGUGGACCUGUGCUACUGGGGCCGGGAGCAGCUGCCGGCCAGGGAGAUGCUCAAGUCGGACUCUGAGCACCGCUUCUGGAAGCCCCUCGAGGCGGACGUGGGAGAGGACGGCGCUGCUGUGUCUGAGUCACUGUGGAGCCGCCGCAUCCCCUUCGCGGGGCAGUUUGAGCCUGUGCAGCACCAAUGCCGUGCUCCCCGGCCCGACGGCCGGCUCUGCCAGCGCCAGGACCGCCUGAAGUGCCCUUUCCAUGGGAAGAUCAUCCCAAGAGAUGAAGCAGGACGGCCCCUCCACCCGGAGGACAGGGCCCGGGAGCAGAGGCAGCAGCUGCAGAGGCCAGCGGGGCGCCCGGACUGGCAGGACCCCGAGUUCAUGAGGGACGUGGAGGCAGCCACUGGGGUGGAUCUCGGCUCGUCCAGGUCCAGGGGGAGAGGCCAGGGGAGGAGGAGGAAGCACCCUGGCCUCACCGACCUCAGGCGGCAGGCCGACACAGCGCGGGCUCGCAUUGCCAAGAAGGUCUUUGCCAAGGCGGCUGUGCAGAGGGUGGUCACAGCCAUGAGCCAGAUGGAUCAGAAGAAGCACGAGAAGUUCGCAAACCAGUUUAACUACGCGCUGAACUAGAGAGCGAGGCUGGGUUUGUGGUCCCCUCUGGCCAUCGGCUCCUCUUCUUCCCCUGCUGAUGCACGAGGAUGGGAAAGCAGGCCCAGGUCUGGGCAGGGACCGUGGCCGCUGUUGUAGCAUGUAUUAACGCGAGGAGGUGGGACACAUGCUGAUUAACACGCCCCAGAGGUGUGGGCUCUCCCCUGCGGGGUGGCCACUGCCAUCUUGUUACAGAUUUGCCUGCCUAAUAACCAGGCUGGGCUCUAGCAGCCGUGUCCCCAGGGCAUUCUGCACAGCCCGUGUGCUUGGUGACAUGGAUCAGAGUCGCUCAGCGUUUAGAAUGACUGUGCAGCCCCCACCCUAGCUUCCCAGCCUUCCCCGCUGCUGGCCACUCAGAGGAACUCCAGGAAAACCCACGCUUGUGUCUUAAAGUGAAGGAGUGAACCAUUCGCGGUUGGCACCUGUGGCAUCUCACAGGUGUCCUGUGGUGGUUCCGCAUCAGAAUGCAGAGAACUACCUCACUCUGUUUCUUUAAAAGCAGCUUUAUGGAGACUGAACUCACAUAGCACAGCGUUUACUCCUUUAAAGCGUGGCGUUCAGUACAUUCACGGUGUCGUGCACCCACCACCACUGUCUAGUUCUGGGACUUUUUGUUACCCUGCAAGGACCCCCGUUCACCCUUCUGCAGCCCUUGCACUGUCUGGUCUACAUCUGCUUCUGGAUUUGCCUUUGCUGGACAUUUCCUAUGAACUGAGUCAUAACAACACGUGGCCUUUUGUGUCUGGCCUUCUUCACCGUGCUCCACGCGGUCAGGGUUCUUCAUGUUGUAGCACGUGUCAGCGCUUCGUCCCUUUUAUGCCGGGAUGAUGCUCCACGUAGGAACACACCUCACUUUGUGGUCCGUGCCCUGUGGACGUUCGGGUGAUUUGCACUUUGAGGCUGUGAUGAGUGAUAUCGCUGUGACCGCCCGUGCACAAGCUUUUGUGUUGGCUUAUAUUUUCACUUCUUUUGGGUUUAUACCUGGAAGUGUAAUUGCACAGGGGAGUCAUACGGUAACUUUCUGAUGAAUUGCUGAGAUGCUCUCCAAAGCAGCUGCACAGCUUUACACAAUUUACAUCAUCACUACAUCAUCCCACCAGCAGGGAAUGAGGGUUCCUGUUUCUCCAUGUUCUUGCCAACACUUGUUAUUGUCAGUCUUUCUAACUUUAGCCGUCUUAGUGGGUGUGAAACGGUAGCUCGUGGCUUUGAUUUGCGCUUUCCUGAUGAAUGACAUGAACAUCUUUUCGUGUGCUUAGUGGCCAUUUGUGCGUCUUUGGAGACACAUCCAGAUCUUUUGCCCGUUUUUAACUGAAUUGUUGUUCUGAGGUGUCGGCGCACUCUGUAUGUGCUGGGUGCUAGGCCCUUAUGCGCGUUGCAGGCGUUUCUCCUAUUCUGGCUCUCCACUUUCUUGAUAGUGUACCUUGAACACAAGAACUGUGACUUUUGAUGAUGUCCAGUACAUCGAUUUCUCCUGUUGGCCACUUGUGCUUUUGGUAUCAUAUCUAAGCAGCCAAGGCCUAACCCAAGGGCAUGAAGCUGUGCCCUUAUGUUUUCUUGUAAGAGUUUCAUGGUGUCUUAAAUUUAGGUCUUUGGUCCGUUUUGAGUUAAUUUUUAUAUGUGGUUUAAAGCUUCCAGCUUCAUUCUUUUGCAUGUAGAUGUCCAGGUCUCUCAGCAUCAUUUGUUGAAAAGGUUAUUCUUUCCCUCACUGAACUAUCCUCGUGCCUUUAUUGAUCAUCAGUUGACAAUAAAUGUGUGAAUCUAUUUCUGGACUCUCAGUUCUCUUCCCUAAACCUGUGUGUCCUUGUGCCAGUGCGACCACGUCUUCGUCAAAACGAGUCCUCCAUCCUUGUUCUUUUUAAAGACUGUUUCGGCCGUCCUGCAUCCUUUGUGUUCCCAAGUAAAUCUGAGUACCAGCUUGUCAAUUUCUGCAAAAAAAGAA